AACCACAAUCUUCUUCUGAUUCCUAUUGAUUUUACAAACAAACUCACUCCCCCCAAGUGAAAAAAUUGUUCUGCUGCCUUGACCUUUGAAUAUGGAUUCCAAGUCUAGUGAGCAACAAUCUUUCACCCUCGAAAUUCAGAAAGAAUUUGAUCAAAGAUCCGGGAGAGUAAAAUCUGUGGAUUUACAUCCAACAGAACCAUGGAUUCUAUCAAGUUUACACUCGGGAACCGUGUGCAUCUGGAACUACCAAUCUCAAGCUAUGGAAAAGUCUUUCAAUCUCACAGAAGCACCAGUAAGGUCAGCAAAGUUUAUAGCACGGAAAAAAUGGUUCGUUGCUGGAGCUGAUGACAAGUUUAUUCGUGUAUACAACUACGACACUGAUGAAAGGCUUGAGGAAUUUGAGGCACACACGGACUAUAUUAGGUCUGUGGCCGUGCAUCCUACCCUUCCAUAUGUUCUGUCAGCAUCUGAUGACGUGCACAUAAAGCUUUGGGAUUGGGAGAAGGAUUGGGUGUGUAGUCAGGUCUUUCAGGGACAUGGUCAUUAUGUGAUGCAAGUAGCAUUUAAUCCAAGAGACAACACCACCUUUGCAAGUGUAUCGCUUGAUAGAACAAUCCAGAUGUGGAAUCUUGAAUCAACUUCUUCAAAUUUAACAAUUGCAGCCCAUACUAAGGGGAUAAAUUCUGUGGACUUCUCUAAAUGUGGUGAUAAAACAUAUGUGAUAAUUGGUUCUGAUGAUCAUACUGCUAAGGUGUGGGACUACGAAACUGCAACUUGUGUUCAGACACUUGAAGGGCACACACACAAUGUGACUGCAGUUUGUGUUCAUCCUGAAGCUCCUAUUAUAAUCACUGGCUCUGAAGAUGGGACCAUCCGCAUAUGGCACGCGUUAACUUAUAGGCUCGAGAACACAUUGAACUUUGAAUUUGGAAGAGUUUGGGCUAUUGGAUGCAGAAGCGGUUCACCAGAGAUUGUAAUUGGUUGUGACGAAGGAACCAUCAUGGGAAAAGUUAUCUGUUCUCACAGUUGGGAUUCUGUGAAGCUUGGGCACAAGGAGGAAGUGUCGAGGGAAUAACAUGCUGUUUAGUGCUCUUGCUGCUAUGGCUACUACCAUUACCUUUGCUUAUGUUGAUAGUGAAUAAAAAGACUUCAUCAAUUUCUCAGCUGGGAGAGAGAUGGAAUAAUGUUGUCAUACACUAGUGUUGAUGUUAUUUCUACUAUGUUGUGUUAAAAGUGACUGCCAGGAAAAUUAGAAUUGUUUCUUACCAUCUAUAGUAUGAAUGUAUUGAAAUAGAUGUAUAUCUUCUUCUCCUUUUGGUUCCUGAUGGUCACUGGAAGUACUGAUAGGGCGGCCUUUUUAUUUUAUGUCAUUUUUGAAGUAAUUUAUGAUGUUUUUGUUGAAAGGUGUAGCCUUGAAAGAUCACAUAGAAUUCUAACCUUAAAAUUGAC